AUGGUGGGAGAAGUAUUUGCUCUCAACAAAACAGACGGCACACAGGUAUGGAAUGCCAGGCUCUCGGAUGUAGGAAACGUCGCGAAUUUGACUGAUGGAGCAGAGGUUUGGAGAAACCCGUUAUCGGGAAUGAGAUACACCGAAAUAUCAGUACUCGUCGCCAACACCAGUUCAUCUAAAGGUUCUAUCGUUUUAGUUGCUUCUGUUGGAAAAUUAGGAUCAGAAUUAGAUCCUGAUGUUGUACUGGUUGGAUGUGGAAAACGAAUAUACAAUAUCAAUUUACUUGAUGGACAAACGAUUUGGAAUCAAUAA